AUGCACUUGUGUAAAUUUGGGUUUAAGGAUGACUAUGCAACAUGGACAGCACAUGGCGAGAGACUUGUUGAUAGUCAUUUUGAAGGUGGACAUGAUGAAGGAUUUGGAGAAACUAACCGCAUAGAUGAUAUGUUGGUUGAACUUGGCGGCAACCAUUCACCGCCAAUCGAUGAGGAGCCAACAGAGUCUGCUCGAGCCUUUUAUAGGAUGGUUGCUAGUGCUGAUCAAUCGGUCCAUGAGAACACAACACACUCAUCUCUGUCUGCUGUAGCACGCUUGCUCGCUUUGAAAUCACAAUACAACAUGUCAAUUGCACACUUUGAAGCGAACUUGAAUUUAAUCCAUGAACUUUUGCCUCCGGGAUCUAAGUUGCCCAAGGACUUCUACCAGUCAAAGAAACUCUUAGAGGGCCUUGGUAUGCCAUACAUCAAAAUUGAUGUCUGUUAUAACAAUUGCAUACUUUACUAUAAAGAUAAUGAAAAUAAAGACAAGUGUGAUAUUUGUGAUACCUCUCGUUAUGAGGAAGGCCAUAAUCGGGUCCCACGUAAAGUGUUGCGGUACCUUCCCAUCACAGAUAGGCUACAAAGGUUAUAUGCACAUGCGGAGACGGCAAAGCUAAUGAAGUCUCACAAGCGGUCCACAUUUGGUAAGAUGGUGCACCCAUGUGACGGAGAAGCAUGGCAACAAUUUGAUGAAGACUUUCCAGACUUCGCUAGUGACUGUAGAAAUGUGCGGCUUGCUUUUGCAACAGAUGGUUUCACGCCCUUCAGUUUGAGUGCAGCUCCAUAUUCUUGCUGGCCAGUGUUUGUUACUCCAUUGAAUUUUCCACCAAGCACGAUUAUGAAGUCAGAGUACAUAUUCCUUACCCUUGUGGUCCCGGGUCCUGAACACCCUGGAAAGAAACUAAACGUUCUAAUGCAACCUUUAGUUGAUGAACUAAUGAGGUUGUGGGAGGGGGUAAAAACAUGGGAUGCUUCACUCAAGCAAAACUUUACAAUGCGAGCCGCCUAUCUGUGGUCAGUUCAUGAUUUCCCUGCUUAUGGUAACUUUGCUGGAUGGAGCACUCAUGGUAAGUUUGCGUGCCCAGUAUGCUUGUGUGAUAGUAUAGCAUUCACACUUCGUUAUGGUCACAAGGCUUGCUGGUUCGAUUGCCAUAGGCGCUUCUUACCUAGAGGCCAUGAAUUCAGAUUUCAAGCUAAUGCGUUCUGUAAGAACACAGUGGUGCUUGAUGAGGCUCCAAGGCAUUUAUCAGGGGAGGAAAUAUUUGCACAAAUGAAUACACUCGUAGGUGACAUAAGAAACUUUGGUAAAGUGCACAAUUGGACCCAUGUUAGUUGUUUUUGGCAGCUUCCAUACUUUCAUAAAUUGCUAUUGCCACACAACAUUGAUGUGAUGCACAAUGAGAAAAAUGUGGCUGAAGCUAUAUGGAACACAUGCUUUGACAUACCCGAUAAGACUAAAGACAAUGCGAAGGCGAGGCAAGAUUUAGCCGAGAUAUGCAAUCGUCCAGCACUGCAUUUGAAGCUGAAGGAAAAUGGCAAGUGGGACAAGCCACGGGCCCCAUUUGUCAUUGAUAAGAAUGACAAGCCGAAAAUUCUUAAAUGGUUUCAAGAACUCAAGUUACCUGAUGGCUAUGCAGCAAAUAUUAGGAAAGGGGUUAACUUGUUGCAAAAGAAGAUCUUUGGUCUAAAGAGCCAUGAUUACCACAUCUUCAUGGAACGUUUACUUCCCGUUGCAUUUCGUGGCUUUCUUCCGGAAAACAUAUGGGUCUGUUUGGCUGAACUUAGCUUCUUCUACCGGCAAUUGUGUGCCAAAGAGUUGAGCAAGGAUACCAUAUGCUCGCUAGAACAAUAG